AUGAUGGAACUACCGUCUUGGGUUCCUGACUGGUCAACUUACUGGCAGGUGGAACGCCCAUUCCUGCGCAUGAAGGUCAUCUCUACGCUGAAUCUUGGAGAGCCAGGACAUGAUAUCAAAGCUGCAAAGGAUACAGCGGCGAAUGUUGUAUUCGCUGAUGAUCUCAAGACCGUGCUCGUCAGUGGUUUGAUAGCGGAUAUUGUCGACGAGGUAUGGCCGCCUCUUCACCGUUAUCAAAUGACGGUAGACGACGAGAAGCAAUUGCAGGCGGAAUAUCGAGAAACAGCCCUCAGCUGGAUGCAGCAGCAACCAACCUCCAUUUAUCAUACAGUAUAUGAUAGGAUUAGUGCUCUCUUUAACAGUUUGACACCCAUGGAUGAUAGGCCAAAGAUUGAGAAGGAGCGUGAGAUUUGGACUGCAAGGAUAACCAGGUUUGGAAAUUGGAUUCUAAAUGCGAAUAAGCUCGAGAACACACUUUCAGACAUCGAUGUCACAACAGUUUCGAGACUGACAAUGACUGGAAAGAAGGACUACAUCAUUACUGGUCCUGGUGAAGCUUCGCCAGGGGAUCUUGUUUGUGUUCUACUGGGCUGUGAUGUACCCAUGAUCCUGCGGCAAGAGGGUGACCACUUCAUUCUGAUUGGGGAGUGCUACGUCGAGGGGAUGAUGCAUGGAGAAAUGAUUGAUGCUGUCAACGCGGGCACUUUGGAAAUGGUGGAGUUUCUGCUGCACUGA